UUUAUGCAAAAGGGAAUACGUACAAUAGAAAUUUCUAUGCAUAAAAUUGUUAAUCAAUAUACUAGGAGUAUUUGAAGAUCAAGCCUGAUUGAGUGAACUCAAUUACUUUUUUAUAAUUCAGUUAGUCUUCUAAGAGAUUGUCUCUUUGAGAAACGUAUAAAUGAGAUUAAAAGAAAGUGGUGAGCCAUUGUCAAAAAAUAAAAAUAAUUUAGAUUAAAUAGGACAGACCAAAUAAAAAAUACUGCAAUUUGAAUGGAACCAAUGAGUAUACAUUCUCCAUUCUUUUUAAUUUACACAUAAUAUAAACUUAGGGGCUACCAUUAGCCUAAUCCAUCCAUCAAAUUAAUUGCAAGUAGCAUCCAUACUUAUUUUCCAAACCCGUGAAUUCCAAGCUAAUUGCUUCUUUAUUUUACUUUAAAUUAAACUUUUUUCUGUUUAUUCAGUUUUCAUGCUUUAAUAACUACCCAUCUCUCGUGAUUACAAUUGCUAAAAAGUUUCCAUUUGUUUUUUCAUACAACUUUUCUCAAUUGUUCUCCAUCAUUAUCCCAUCUCUACCCACAUAAAUUCUUUUUAUAUAUGUCACAUAUCUCGUGAAAUUCUUGAUCCUCGUAUCAUUUUCAGAUACACCCUUAACUAUACCAGUUUUUCUUGCACAUUCCUCUAAACUCUAGGUUCCUCUACACAUUUUGCCCUUAAAUUUUACAUAUAAGUAACCUAAGAAAGGGCACCGGCUAAACUAAUUCCACGAUCAAAAUCCACCAUGGAAACACUACAAAGAACAAAAUCAGACAUUUCAACUGUGUUAUUACACACUAAACAUUGCAAUGAUCCAUCUAUAGGCAGCCUUCCGACUUUGUCGGAAAUCGAGCUAGCUAAGUGCGAGUGUUGCGGGAUGACCGAGGAGUGCACGGCCGAGUACAUUGAGGAGAUGAGGGACAAAUACUCAGGCAAGCUUAUAUGUGGGUUGUGCGCUGAAGCGGUAAAAGAAGAGAUGGAGAAAAAAGGUGGAAGAACAAGGGAAGAAGCCUUGGAAGAACACAUGAAUGCUUGUGUAAAAUUCAAUAAAUUUGGGAGGGCUUACCCAAUUUUAUACCAAGCUGAUGCAGUGAAGAAAUUAUUAAAGAAGAGUAGUAGUGCAAGGGCUAACAAUUCUAAGGGUACACUUCUUAAUAAGGGUGGUUUGGCUAGGAGUUCGAGUUGUAUGCCUGCUAUUACUGAAGAUAUGAAGAAUAAUCUUCGAAAUUAGAUUGUGGAAGUGGUCUAAAGAUUUGGGAUAUAAUCCCUUAAAAUUUGUGUAGGGUAUGAUAUUGGAAAGGAGAGUUACUAAUUACAAUUUAUGGAUGAUUAUAGAUUUUAAUUAUGUUUAUUGAGUCAUUAUUGUAAAUAAAUUAUAUUUGUUAUAUAGCUUAUAGGUUGGGUUAUAACAUAGGAUUGUAUUGUGCUAAUGAUUUGUUAUAUUAUAUAUAGUUUUGAGGUUAAUUAAUUAAUGACAUUAAUUUAAGAUAUAAUUUUUCACUAUCAUUCCAACAUAAUAUAUAGGGAACUACUCUUAGAUUAAGUUUCUUGUUUUUAGCACGUGUUGUAUUUGUUCAGGCUCUAUAAGUCAGUUAGUG